GGUUCGGGACAGGUGAAAGAGAUCAGGAAGUUUUAAGGAGCCGGAGGAGUCACGGAGACGGGGAGAGGGGACGUCUUUCGUGUUUAGUACCGCUCCGGGGUAUUUUUGAGCGGAGAGUCCCAGCGAAUUCGCCCUCAACCCCGCCUCCCUUCCCUCCUCACCUCCACACCCUCCCCCCGCCGCUAUUCCGGGAAGAGAAAGUGAAACCGUGAGAGAAGUAAAGGCGCAGCCGCUGCCGCCGCCGAGUCGCCGCCACCCGCAAUGGAUGCAGCCGGUGCGCUGUUCGGGGUCGCCGUCUUUCUCGGCACUUGCUACCCACCAGUUCUGAGCCAUGGUUCCGUGCUGGAUGGUGACACGCUGGUAGACUGCAUGUUUGUAGAGGAGGCGCGUGGCAAGGGGAGCUUCCCGGGCUCCGUUGACCAGACCGACGCUGUGUUGCUGCUGCGGAGGGUGUCCGGCCGUAAGAUGGAGAAUGAGCAGCCCUCGGGCGUGGCCGUGCCCCCUGACCUGAAGCCAGGCAUGUUCCUCGAGGUGUUCGAUCACUCUCAGGUUACCGGACACCCGGGGUUUCACCGGCCCCCGGACGUGAGGGAGAAGCACGGCUGUGAGAUUAACAAGUACCUGCCCCAGGAAUCAGUCCUGGCCUGGGCCACGCCCCUGUCGGAAGACGAACGGACCCCGGCUUACCAGUCAGGUCGCUGGCUCAGCACCCACCUGCACACCCGCGACCGCUCCUUCAGCGUAAGCAGCCUCCACCGCGUGGUGUCGGACCCCGGCGGAGAACAGGACCCCACACCUGUGCAGACCUCAGUCGUGCUGAAUGUCUUCAGCCGGGAGCCCCAGGCCAGCGCCAGGCUGGGUCAAGAUGUACUGCUGGACUGCGGCUUCACCCUGGACCGGUCGAUGGGAUUCGCGGUGGAGUGGCGCUACCAGUUCGAGGGCUCCGGGCACGUGGUUUACGCCUACAACGGGCUGCAGGACCGGGUACACGUAGCGCAGGAGGGUGCGGAACUUCUGCUCGAUCUUCUCCACAGCCGUGGGAACGCGUCACUGGUCUUGCGCAACGUGAGCCUACAGCAGGAUGGCACGUACAUCUGCACCGUGUAUGCCCCCAACCUGCAGGCCCAGCAAUCCGUCAGCCUCCACAUCUUAGAGCCACCGACACUGGUGCUGAGACCGGACCCACUGUACCUGUAUCCGGACCAGCCACAGGACAUCCUGUGCGAGGCGCUGGGCUACUACCCGCUGGACGUCAGCAUGACCUGGACCCGCAGGGCCCCCGGGAACAGCAGCGCGGAGGAGCUGCCCAACAGCUGGCUGAACGGACACGACAAGAACAGCGAUGGCACCUUCAACGUGACCAGCGUCAUCUCGGUCCGCCCCGCCGCCGCCGAUCACGGCAGCGUCUACACCUGCCACGUGCAGCACGUCUCCGUGAAGGGUGGGCUCAGGAAGAGCCUGACGCUGAAGGUGGCAGGAGCGUCGGGACCCUCAGUGGAGGAGGCGGUGGGGAUGCUGAUCUGUGCCUUUGUCCUGUACGGAGCUCUAAAACUGCUGUACUGCCGUGUGUUCCCACAAGGCUCUGCGCUCAGCGUUGGCACUGAAGAUGGAGAAAAGGAGAAGAGUCAGUAACCUGUGAAGUUCUGCUGAGGCCGGGGGUCACCCCCGGACUGCAUGGCAUGUACAGGAGGAAGAGAGAGGACCUUAUUCUGUUUUAUAAUGCGUGUCUUCAUGGAUUCGGCUAAGGCCCCUGUUAACUGCGGACUGUUAAUAAAUGUGUGUGUUUUUACGGAUUCGGCCAAGAACCAUGUUAACUGCAGACUGUUAGUAAACGUGUGUGUUUCAUGGUGUAUGUGUUACCUGUCAUUGCGGUAAGCGCGGACUGUUUGCAAGAUGUAUAUAAUUUACUGUACGGUGCACUAAGCAUAGUUUUCUAAAUUGUUACGGAAUAAAAUGCUCUACCUCCACGCCUGUCUGGACUUGGAAUUUG